AUGCCUACAAUUGAUUACAAGGCACUGUCCAUUUUAUUGAGAUCUACCAAGAUCAAAGACAGGAACGAGGCACUAGAUCAGUUGGAUCAGAUUGAUUCUUCCUGGUCGUAUAACACAGAUAAGUCUCAAGUUUCCGGCAUAUUACUGGUCAUUGACUCCAUUUGUGCAGCCAUUGACAUUGAAAAGACUUUGUAUCUGAAAUCUCUUCUGGUCAAUAAUGCCAACAGGACAGUUGAUACAAGGUUGGAAAGGAGUUCAAACAGCAUAAGGCGGAUUCUAUCCGCACUCUUUAAACUCUCCAAUGUGCUACCAAAAAUCAAAACCAAACACUAUCAGUCCUUUCUUGGAGGGAUUAUGGAUUGUAGUUUGUCUCAAUUAGACUCUGGAGAUUCAAUUAUAGUGCUACCAGUUGCCCUGAAUAGUUUCAAAUCAUUAGCAUUCCUCUUGGAGUUGUAUCCCUUCAGAAAUCAUUUGAACGUGGAGUUUCUAGACUCCGUCCUGUCUUUCAUACUAAAAUGUCUUCAUUUGCUGGACUCAACGAAGCUGGAAGCUUCCCGCACUGCUCUUAAUGAGAGACUUAUACGAGAACUACUGGUUUCAUUGUGUCUUCUAAUAAACCCAGAAGACUCGUCAAACCUGUCCAUUUUUACCAACAAUGAUCAUAUUUUUUCCAUCAUAAAUUCAGUUCAUUUUUAUUACUCUAACUAUUUUGUUCACACAAGGCGUGCUUCAUACACGAUUGUGUUAAUCUUUCAGAUAAUCAACAAACUAUUAACCAAUACUUCCAUUGUUAACAUCAAAUACUGCCAUCAAUUAUACAAACUCGGAGUAUCUUACCUCAAUCAUACUGAGUACUUCAAUAUAGACUCUCUCAAGGAUCAACUGGUGAUUUUCUUGAAUUUAAUACCUGACUUUAUUGACCUCUCACAUUUCCCCAAACUUAUUGGCGAUGAUUGGAACUUUAGAUCCCAUGAUCUCAAUGAACUAAAUUUGCCUGACUCUUCAUUGUCGCUUUUUGCAUCUGCAGAAAACUCUGAGCCAGUUGAUCCUAUCACUAACUCAAAUUCAGGUGAGUUGACUCAACUAGUGAUCCGUUUGCUGAGACUGCUGGGAGAAAAUACAGAAUUUCAACUCAACGUACAAAACAUUGGUUUAUUCCUUUUUCCCUCUGAACAGCUGAACUGGUUUGCGUUGAAUCACAUCUAUCUUGACUCAUCCUCAUCCCCAAAAGGGUGGUUGUUAGCUUCUGGGGUGGUUGAAAUUCUAAAUCGAAUGUACAGAUCGAACGAUUCAGUCUCCCAGUCCAUUUCUAGAAGCAAUAUACUCCAUCCUCCAGCUAGAAAAAGACGGAAAACAUCACAACCAGACACUCUUGAAAAUAUAUUGCAUGCUGCCGAAACAGUAGAAGAACUUUUGCUCUCCAUGAUAACUUCUAACGAGACCAGCACUAUUUUGCUUGGUCUCCAACUAUGUUCUUUUCAUUUGGAGAAGAACGUCAAUUAUCCAGAAUCAAUGCAUGAUAGCCGGAGGACGGUAUCAGGUAUGAGCAUCCUACCGCCUCUACUAAGGGUCUUGGAAAUACAAAUUCCUUCACUUUCUUUUUGGUCACUACUAUGUAUUCGUUCUUUAUUGAGUCAUGAACGUCGAUGUGAAGAUCCUGGAGACACUUUUACAGAUCGAAAUACUGUCUAUCAAUUGGUAAAGUACUCCUUAGAAUCGCUGAAGGAAGUAUCUACUGUGAGAAUUUCCUCUCUGGUAUUAUCCGAACUUAUAUAUCUUAGCUCCAAAACGUCCAUGAACCAAAAAUUCAUUGAUACUUGGAGUUUUGACGAAAACAUCAUUGCACUUUUUGAAGGAAUGAUUGAUAUAUCUGAAUUCAACGGUCCUUCCAUUGUUAGUAAGGAGUCUCUUUUUUUCUGGCUACAAGUUAGUGAACUAGAGUCUAAGCUUAUAAAAUCUUUAAAAUCUUCUUCACGAACAAGGCUGACCCUGAAGAUUCAACUUUGGUUGUUUUCAAAAUGGAACACUUUUUCAUGGAGUAUACAAGAGGAAGAUUAUCCUCUGCUGGUUGAUUUUAUAUCAUGGCUGGCAACUCCGAUUGCAAUCUCCAUCAUUUCUAGCCCUAUAACUGUUCGUAAUAGAACUUUUGCUGCCUAUAUGGAUCUUAAAGUUGCCUAUGCUCCUUUAACUAGUUUCAUUUUAAAUCAAACAGUUUCUCAGAAGGCAGCAAGUCAAACUUUCGAAUAUACUACUUCACAACUGUCCCAAAACUUGGAGCAAAUCGACCUGCUAUUUACAAGUCUCUUUAAGAAAAUAGACGAUAUGAGGUCUUCGUCCGAGAACUAUUCUUUCGAACUGUGUUUAUUACUUCGUUUACGAGAAAGGAUUGAGGGCAAUUCAAACACAGUCAACUAUCUUUCUUCAAUUGAAUACAAAGUAAAUGAUAUUCUCUCCAAGCAGUUGGCAAAAAUUGAGACUGAACGGGAAGAGUUUUUUUUUGAGCUCUUCAAGCUUGUGAACCAAGGUUGUAUCAAUAAUGAUUCUAUUCAUUUUAUUGUACAAAAGGUUGAUGUGGACGAUCUUCUGGCUGAUUGUAUUAACUAUCUUAACUCGCCUUCAAGAAAUUCAACACCUGAAGUUUUAAAUGAGGAGCUUAAUCUGGAUCAUAGUUUUGGGGAAGAUGAUUUUGAUGAUCUCCCCCAUAAAGAUCUAGCCAGUAAAGUCAGGUGGGAUGUUGUUCAACUAAAAGAGACUCCAGAGAACCGGAUGAUAAACUUUUUCCUACAAGCUUUAACGUUUGACGACUCUUUCCAUAAAAUACUAAUGAUUCUUCAAGAGUUAACAUCUAAAGAAUCUCUACUUAUUGGUUGCUCGUGUGUAGUAGCAGUCUUGGAGAAGGAAUCAAGAUUUGUGAGGGACUUGUCACCCCCUGCGCUCUCUAAAUUCGUUCGUUUGUUUGCUGGAAAACUAUUAACAAAUUAUAGUACAGAGAGGCUAGAGUCAACUAUUGUGACAGGCUGUAAAUUAUUAAGGAGUCUUUCUGAAGUUUGGCUGGGUGGUUCCCUUGAACAAGACUGUACUGACAUCUGCAAUUUUUUUAUACGUUUACAACAAACACAUUUGAUCUCCACUGAAAUGGCCCUCAUAGAAGUGGGGAAUCUUUAUCUGCAUUUAGCCGAGCUGGGGCUUGAUGCGGCGAGCUCGGGUAAUGGAUAUGGUGUUGUAAGGUUUUUAGAGCUUUUCACAUCCUACGACAAUAAUUUCUUCAAAAUUUCGAUUUCCAAUGGCCUUCGAUCUCUCUUGACAAAGCUACCAUAUAGAGAUCAGCAAGAUUACUAUGAAAAGCUGGAGAAAGUUUUUGGAACUCCCCAGGAAACUGUGGAGAAAUCUGCAACUUUUUGCCUCUUCUUGACGUCCUUGAGUCUCUCUAGUGAUGACAUACUAGCUCAAGUUUUGCAUAGCUUACUCGGACUUUCAAGUUUUGCUCAUGUAAAGUGCUAUCUGCCUUCUUCUUUUAAGCUCAUAAGCAACCUUGGAAAUGAAAGUUCGAUCAAGCACCUUUUCAGCAAGAUAAAUUUGAAAAUGUUCAAACUAUGGGUUGAAAAGGGAAUCUCUUUCAAGAAAGUUCCAUUUGAUCUGUUGGGAUUUAAGUCUUUCAAUGAGUUUCUUAGGACUAAUAGAAAAGAAGUUGCAGCUGUUUAUCUCUCAAAGGAUAGAAUCCAGGAUUUAACUGAGUUGAUCAACACUAGUGGAACCUGUAUCCCAGACAUCGUUGGAGAAUCAUUUCCAUUGAGCAUAGCUCUUUCAUUCACCAGUGGUGGAGUGAGGGAUGAAAUAUUUUCUACUCUGAGGAAACUUUUAGGGAACGAUAAGAGGCUCACAGAAGAGAUAAAGUUGCAUUUGGUUUUUGUUAUUUGGCAGGUUUUAAAGUUCACAGAUUUUUCAGACUUGAGUAGAAUCGGAGAUAUGCUGGGGAAACCUAACCAUGUAUUUCUUACUAUUUCCACUGGUCUAAGAAUUCUGCCUGAUCCCGUUAUUUCUUCCAAGACAUCAUUGCAUUUUUUUAAAGCUAUCAUUGAAAAGUAUUAUCAAACUCAGGACCUCUUUUGGACUGGUCCAGUUAUAUUUUUCUUAUUGAGGAGAUGUUUAGUGCAGAUAGAAUUGACAGAUAAUAUCAUCAAGAAGAAACAUUUCAUUCAGAAGAUUAUGUUCUUAGUUCUCAUAGCUCCAGCUUCGUUUGGCUUCAAGCACAUCAUUGAACUACUUAUCAGUUUGUCUCCGCUUUUGGUUGUCAAAGAAACUCAUGAGCAAGUCAGCCUCUUAAUAGUAGAGGUAUUGAAAGAAUCCUCUUCUGCGGCCGUUUCAUUGAUUCCAAUUGCUUACGCCUUGUUGUGGAAAAGUCAACAUAGACAUCCUAGUGAUUAUUGGGUUCAGUAUUUAACCCAGUUGACAGAAGAAGAAUCUGAACUAACGAUCAAGGCGAAUGUGUAUGAACGUUGUUUAAACGUUUUGAAGGAUCAACCAUUUAAACUCGAUGCAUCUUUUUUGGAGGAAUUACUACUUUUUUCUGAAACUUUUGAACAAAAACCACUCAAGAAUGCUAUAGUUUUACUGGUCUCUUUGAUGAUGGAUUUCACGAACCAGACUUCGUUUGCGCUUGACAUAGAAGUCCUAGAUAACCAAUUGAUAAGCAUGCUGACUGGGAUUAACGAUACAGACAUUUACUCCAACGCUUUUAACUUGUGGAGAGCUAGAAUUUUAGGCCACUACUACUUGACAACUGGACAAAUCGCAACUAUGAGCUCUAUUGAACUGGAUUCCAAGCUACUGGAAGACACAUCCAAUAUCUUUCCGAAAGCAACUGAUAGAUUUGACCUCUUGGUAGCUGAACUACUCCAAAACUCAGAUCCAGCUUCAAACCUAGAGAAAUCACAUUAUGAGUCUGUAAUUGGAGCCCUUCUUCUGACAACAAAUUUUGACUCAAAACAUUUGAGGUCCAUGUUGAAUUUCGAUACGUUGAAAAAGUCGAAGGAAUAUAUUCUUCCUCUGCACUAUCACACAUGUUUGUUGGCAUCUUCUGAAGUUGAAACGUAUGGAAAGAGUUUCUUUAAGAAAAAGAUAUCAGAAUUUCAUAUUAGUGCUGUAAGCAAUUCAUCACUGGUAUCUGGUCAGUGGAUUAGUGAUGUAUGCAUGGCAAUCAUAAAUGAAAUUUCAGACUCAAUCCCAGUUAUUAAGUUGUUUGCCAUACUUGUUCACAAUAGUCCGCACAUAGUUUCGAAGAUUUUCCUACCACUGGUUCUAUUUUACGUAGCUACAUCGAAAGAAGCUAUACAUCAUAUGCAUGUCAUCAUAGACCAAUUUUUUCAGAUCAAGAAGGAAACUCUUUCCAGUGAUUCAAUCAAUCUCAUUCUUGAGCUGAUCUUACUGAUCAGAGUUGGUUUUUACAAGAAAAUAAAGGCAAUGGAAAAGCUCUACAGAGGAAUGAACUUUCCGGUCAUUAUCAAGCUGGCUCAAUAUGCAAGAAAGCCGAAAAUAAGUUUAGUGCUUUUUGAAGAUUAUCAUACAAACAUGUCUCCCGCUGAGUUUAGCCUGGGAAAUCACUCUCCUUUUCUUCGGAUCUUGUAUCAUGACGUUGAUGAAGCAGACAUUUUACGAGGAUUACCUGUAAAAACAAAUAUUGAUUAUGCAGUGGAUAUGUUGAGCCAAUCGACGGAGGAUCGAUGGAAGAAUAUGGUGUUUGAUAUCGCCAAUUUUGAUGUUAGUUUUAUUCGAAAAAGCAAAACAGGUCAAACCAAUCGGUUGGCUCAUACCAUGUUAUCCGACGGAAUGACUAGUUUAUCGAAACUUACUGGAGAGUAUCUUUCAGAGAGUAAGCAGGAUAGUGUUGCAGGUACCCAAAUUUUAGAGGAUCAAUAUUGUUGGAGUUGGAGACUGAGUCAAUGGGACGUUCCAGUUCCUCAAGAGCUGGAUACAAUUGAUAAAUCUAUUUUCAAACUGCUAAAGGAAAUAAAUGAAAGACCCAAUGAACUCCGUUUGAUAUGUGAAGACUCAUUAAGAAAAUGCUUGGUUGACAAGCCCAAGUUCAUCCGCAAGACCAUCUUCAAGAAGCAGAAUCUUAAAAGCUGGUUCAACUGUCUAGCAGUUAUCAGAUCAAUAGAAGAGCUAGAUAGGUUGAACGAUUCUAAUUUGGCCAAAGAGUUAAAUCAUUAUUCAAGCAAUACAAAGUGGCUAGACAACGCAGAUGUCGAGCAAUCAGACCAUCUGCUGUUGGGUAGAAAGACUGCGUUGGAGUUACUAGUGGGUUCUAAGAGACUGAGCACUACUAAUCUGAAACUUUCAAUGCUAGCUGAACUUGCUAGGUAUUUCAAUCUAGCUAAGAAGGAAGGAGAGAUACAGAAAUCAGUCUUUGCAUCAACUUUCAUGGACAGUAUCUCUCGAGAUUUCCCCAACGAGGCUGACAGUUCCGUAAUUACAUUCGUCAAAGACAUCUCCAAGUUUUACUUAGCAGCUUCAUUUUGGCAACUACAACAAUCCAGUUUCUCUGUUACAGCGCUAAAAGAAAUUAUAGACAACCAAAAAGUUUUGCCACACAUCUCCUCCUUCUCCUUCAAAUUGUUAGAAAAACCAAGACCGCUACUUCAAUCGAUACUGAUAGAAUGGAUGUCUGUGUCAAGACAAGAUACAGCGGCUUCGAUUAUGAAAGAUAUGGUGACCCCCAUGUUACAAACUAGUCUUGACGAUGUUGAACCCAUAGAUAGAGCCCAAAUCUAUCAUGUCAUAGCCAACUUUUGUGAUAAACAAUUAUUGACAAAAUCAAUCGAUGAGUCUAUUAGUAAAAUGGAAAAGUACUACAAACAACAAAAAAAGGAAUUGAAUGAUCUCUCAGAAUUUGUACACAAUAAAGGUAAUGAUAAAGAGGAAAGAAAAGAGGCAACUCGAGUUUACAAGAGAAUAGAGAAACAAUUCAAGGCAAAUUAUAAGGAAUACGAAGCAAUCUCCAAGUCACGUAGGCGCUACAUUGAAACUUCCAUCAUGUUCUACCUCAAAACGAUUAGCGUUCAUGAUUGCUAUGACAAUACAGACGUUGAUCGUUUCUGUGGACUAUGGUUAGAGCACAGUUCAGAUGACAAACUGAACAAAGUAAUUCACAGGAAACUUAUGGACGUUCCUCUGUACAAGUUUAUCACUUGGAUAAAUCAAUUAAUGUCCCGGCUCCUUGAUGAGGAUUCCAACUUUCAGAGAAACCUGAAGACUUUAAUAUUAGAACUUAGUUACAUGCAUCCCUUUCACACGCUCUACAUGUUGAAAUCUUUAAGAUUGAAUGACUUUUCAAAUGAUCUCUCCGUGACUUCUCGGAAUGAGGCUGCUAAUAAGGUCUGGGAAAAAUUACAACUUAGAGAUACCGGUUUCAAUCAUAGAAUACUUAGUAAACUUGAUGAAUUUUGCGAUAAAGCUGUUGCUCUGGCUGGAUUGAAGCUUGGGAAGGUAACAGAAAUUUCUUUGAGGUCAAUUACCAAUGGACGUUGGUGGACUUCAACAUUACCUCAACUAGACGUCACACCUCCAACGUGCACAAUACCCAUUAAGAAAGAUGGCCAAUAUAGAGUUUCAGAAAUGGUCACCAUAUCCUCAGUUGAAGAAGUGAUUAAGGUCGCAAGAAGCGGAAUAAGUCUACCAAAGAUAAUGAAUAUUAAGCUUUCCAACGGAAAGUCUCAUAAAAUAUUGUUGAAAGGGGGUACUGAUGAUCUAAGGCAAGAUGCCAUCAUGGAACAAGUGUUUGCAAAAGUGAAUAGUCUAUUCGCAAGGGAUAAGAACACUAGAAAAAGGAACCUAAAUAUCCGUACUUAUAAAGUUGUUCCUUUAGGUCCUCAAAGUGGAAUUAUUGAAUUUGUUGACAAUUCCAUCGCAUUGAAUGAUAUUCUUCGGAAAUUACAUUCCCAAUCUGACACUUUAUCUUUUGAAGAGGCAAGAUUGAAGAUGAAGGAAGUUCAAGAUCAAAGUAACGAAGAGAGGUUAAUAGUUUAUCAAGAAAUAUGCAAGAAUGUCCACCCAGUACUACGAAAUUUUUUCUUCAGUACAUUCCUUAAUCCAGAGACAUGGUUUUCUACCAGAAUGAAUUAUACGCAUGGGAUAUCCAGCACCUCAAUCACAGGACAUGUGCUGGGGCUAGGCGAUAGACACAACAAUAACAUCCUGCUGGAUUUAUUCAGCGGGGAUCCAAUCCACAUUGAUCUUGGAGUUGCUUUUGACCAAGGAAAACUUCUUCCAUUACCAGAAACUGUUCCUUUUAGAUUAACAAGGGACAUCGUUGACGGCUUUGGUAUAACAGGUGUUCAAGGCUGUUUUCAAACUAGUGCUGAGCAUUGUUUCCAAGUUUUAAGAGAACAUAGUGAGAAUAUCAAGAGCAUUCUAGAUGUUUUGAGGUAUGAUCCACUUUAUUCAUGGUCCGUCUCUCCCAUUAGAAGACACCGUAUUCAGGAGAUGGAGAAUAUAGAGGCAGCUGUGAAAGCUCAACGAGAUGGUUCAGAAGCCCAAAUAGCGAUUGAAGGAGUUUUGAGAAAGUUGUUUGCCGAUGGACUAAGUACUGAAGCCGUUGUCCGUGAGUUAAUUCAGGAGGCAACCGAUCCGGCAAACUUGUCACUACUGUAUCUUGGGUGGUGUCCAUUCUACUAA